GGCCGCGGGGCCUCCUCGGCCCGGGCGCCCGUAGUCUCGCGGGAAGGCGAGCGGCCGCUCUCCGCGUCGGCCGCAGGAAGGAUGGCUUUGAUGUCGGACACCGGGUGUCUUCUGGAAGCCAGCAGAACAGUCUGUGUGUGUGGACUCCGCUGACCCACUUGCUGGCACAUUUUACUUCUUUUUCUUUUUCUUUCUUUCUUUUUUUUUUUUUUGUGGGAGAGUUACUUCAAGUUGUGUUGGGAGCUGACGUGAGUGGAAGGCUGGUCAUGUGCUCUGGUGGUUGUGACAGGGCGGCCCACCCGCAGAUGCCGAGGACUGGCUUUUAAUCUUGGUGGUCACUGAGAGGGACAUUACUGGGGCCCAAGAGUCCCUGGACACUCACCACCAUGUCGGGAUCCACGCAGCCUGUGGCGCAGACGUGGAGGGCCGCUGAGCCCCGCUACCCGCCCCAUGGCAUUUCCUACCCCGUGCAGAUUGCCCGGCCCCACACGGACGUCGGGCUGCUCGAGUACCAGCACCACCCCCGUGACUACACCUCACACCUGUCGCCUGGCUCCAUCAUCCAGCCGCAGAGGAGGAGGCCCUCCCUGCUGUCUGAAUUUCAGCCUGGGAAUGAAAGGUCCCAGGAGCUUCACCUGCGACCUGAGUCCCACUCAUACCUGCCCGAGCUGGGCAAGUCAGAGAUGGAGUUCAUUGAGAGCAAGCGCCCUCGCCUGGAGCUGCUGCCUGACCCCCUGCUGCGGCCCUCACCCCUGCUGGCUGCGGGCCAGCCCGGGGCCUCUGAGGACCUGUCUAAGGAUCGCAGCCUGGCGGGCAAGCUGGAGCCUGUGUCUCCUCCCAGCCCGCCACACGCUGACCCUGAGCUGGAGCUGGUACCUCCGCGGCUCUCCAAGGAGGAGCUGAUCCAGAACAUGGACCGGGUGGACCGCGAGAUCACUAUGGUGGAGCAGCAGAUCUCCAAGCUGAAGAAGAAGCAGCAACAGCUGGAGGAGGAGGCUGCCAAACCCCCAGAGCCCGAGAAGCCGGUGUCGCCGCCACCCAUUGAGUCAAAGCAUCGCAGCCUGGUGCAGAUCAUCUACGACGAGAACCGGAAGAAGGCCGAAGCUGCACAUCGGAUUCUGGAAGGCCUGGGACCUCAGGUGGAGCUGCCAUUGUACAACCAGCCCUCUGACACCAGGCAGUAUCAUGAGAACAUCAAAAUAAACCAGGCGAUGCGGAAAAAGUUAAUCUUGUACUUCAAGAGGAGGAACCACGCUCGGAAACAAUGGGAACAAAAGUUCUGCCAGCGCUAUGACCAGCUCAUGGAAGCCUGGGAGAAGAAGGUGGAGCGCAUUGAGAACAACCCCCGGCGACGCGCCAAGGAGAGCAAGGUGCGCGAAUACUACGAGAAGCAGUUCCCUGAGAUCCGCAAGCAGCGCGAGCUGCAGGAACGCAUGCAGAGCAGGGUGGGCCAGCGGGGCAGCGGGCUCUCCAUGUCGGCUGCCCGCAGUGAGCACGAGGUGUCUGAGAUCAUCGAUGGCCUCUCAGAGCAGGAGAACCUGGAGAAGCAGAUGCGCCAGCUGGCUGUGAUCCCACCGAUGUUGUACGAUGCUGACCAGCAGCGCAUCAAGUUCAUCAACAUGAACGGGCUCAUGGAUGACCCCAUGAAGGUGUAUAAAGACCGCCAGGUCAUGAACAUGUGGAGCGAGCAGGAGAAGGAGACGUUCCGGGAGAAGUUCAUGCAGCACCCCAAGAACUUCGGCCUGAUCGCAUCGUUCCUGGAAAGAAAGACUGUGGCUGAGUGUGUCCUCUAUUACUACCUGACCAAGAAGAAUGAGAACUAUAAGAGCCUGGUGAGGAGGAGCUACCGGCGCCGCGGCAAGAGCCAGCAGCAGCAGCAGCAGCAACAGCAGCAGCAACAGCAGCAGCAGCAGCAGCAGCAGCAGCAGAUGCCCCGGAGCAGCCAGGAGGAGAAGGAGGAGAAGGAGAAGGACAAGGAGGCCGAGAAGGAGGAGGAGAAGCCCGAUGUGGAGAACGACAAGGAGGAGCUGAACAAGGAGAAGACGGAUGACACCUCUGGGGAGGACAACGAUGAGAAGGAAGCAGUGGCCUCCAAAGGCCGCAAAACUGCCAACAGCCAGGGAAGACGCAAAGGACGUAUCACCCGCUCCAUGGCCAAUGAGGCCAACAGUGAGGAGGCCAUCACCCCGCAACAGAGCGCUGAGCUGGCUUCAAUGGAAAUGAAUGAGAGUUCUCGCUGGACCGAAGAAGAAAUGGAGACAGCCAAGAAAGGUCUUCUGGAACACGGCCGGAACUGGUCGGCCAUCGCUCGGAUGGUGGGCUCCAAGACGGUGUCUCAGUGUAAGAACUUCUACUUCAACUACAAGAAGAGACAGAAUCUGGAUGAGAUCCUGCAGCAACACAAGCUGAAGAUGGAGAAGGAGAGGAAUGCACGGAGGAAGAAGAAGAAAGCCCCAGCUGCUGCCAGUGAGGAGGCUGCCUUCCCACCUGUGGUGGAGGACGAGGAGAUGGAGGCAUCGGGUGCGAGCGGGAAUGAGGAGGAGAUGGCAGAGGAGGCAGAAGCCACCGUCAACAACAGUUCUGACACAGAGAGUAUCCCCUCCCCCCGCACUGAGGCUGCCAAGGACACAGGACAGAAUGGGCCCAAGCCCCCGCCUGGCCCAGGCACUGAUGUGCUACCCCCUGAGCCACCCACCCCGCCGCCAGAGGACGCUCUGGUAUCCUCCGAGCCUGGCCCGGCCCCUGAAACCACCAGCCCGCCCACGCCUCCGCCAGCACCUGCAUCACCCACUGCACCCCCUCCCGUGGUCCCCAAGGAGGAGAAGGAGGAGGAGGAUGCUGCGGCUCCCCUGGUGGCGGAGGAGGAGGAACAGAAGCCCCCUGUGGCCCAAGAGAUGGCUGUGGACAUGGGCAAGACGGAAGAGCCUGGUGAGGCAUCCCCUGCAGAGCCCAUCAAGAGUGAAUGCAAAGAGGAGGCCACAGAGGAGGGGCCCGACAAGGGCAAGGGGGGCUCUGAGCCCAGCGCGGAGGUCGAGGCCACACCUGAGGGGGCCCUCAAAGUGGAGAAGAAAGAGGGCGGCGGCCCUGGGGGCAAAGCUCCCACAGCCAAGGGCGCCGGAGCCCCCCAGGACAGCGACUCCAGUGCCACCUGCAGUGCAGAUGAGGUGGACGAGCCCGAGGGGGGCGACAAGAACAGGCUGCUGUCACCGCGGCCCAGCCUCCUCACCCCGACCAGUGAUGCCAGGGCCAAUGCCUCACCCCAGAAGCCUCUGGACCUGAAGCAGCUGAAGCAGCGGGCAGCUGCCAUACCCCCAAUUCAGGUCACCAAAGUCCACGAGCCCCCCCGGGAGGAUGCAGCUCCCCCUGCUCUGCCACCACCACAGCCCUUGCAGCCAGAGAACGACACCCCCCAGCAGCCCAGCAGCAGCCCUCGAGGCAAAAGCAGGAGCCCUGUGCCUCCUACCGACAAGGAGGCAGAGAAGCCUGUGUUCUUCCCGGCCUUUGCACCCGAGGGCCAGAAGCUGCCCACGGAGGCCCCAUGCUGGACGUCAGGCCUGCCCUUCCCUGUGCCCCCUCGUGAGGUGAUCAAGGCCUCCCCGCACACCCCUGACCCUUCGGCCUUCUCCUACGCCCCACCUGGUCACCCACUGCCUCUGGGCCUCCACGACAGUGUCCGGCCCGUCCUGCCACGCCCACCCACCAUCUCCAACCCGCCGCCCCUCAUCUCCUCUACUAAGCACCCCAGCGUCCUUGAGAGGCAGAUGAGUGCUAUCUCCCAGGGAAUGUCAGUGCAGCUCCAUGUCCCAUACUCCGAGCACGCCAAGGCUCCUGUGGGCCCCAUCACCAUGGGGCUGCCCCUCGCCAUGGACCCCAAGAAGCUGGCGCCCUUCAGCGGAGUGAAGCAGGAGCAGCUGUCCCCACGGGGCCAGGCUGGGCCACCGGAGAGCCUGGGGGUACCCACAGCCCAGGAGACGUCUGUGCUGAGAGGGACGUCCCUGGGCUCGGUUCCAGGAGGAAGUAUCACCAAGGGCAUUCCCAGCACGCGGGUGCCUCCUGAGAGCCCCAUCACGUACCGCGGCUCCAUCACCCACGGCACUCCAGCCGAUGUCCUGUAUAAAGGCACCAUCACCAGGAUCAUCGGUGAAGACAGCCCCAGUCGCCUGGACCGCAGCCGGGAGGACAGCCUGCCUAAGGGCCACGUCAUCUACGAGGGCAAGAAGGGCCACGUCUUGUCCUACGAGGGUGGCAUGUCGGUGUCCCAAUGCUCCAAGGAGGAUGGCAGGAGCAGCUCAGGACCUCCCCACGAAACCGCUGCCCCCAAGCGCACCUACGACAUGAUGGAGGGCCGUGUCAGCAGGGCCAUCUCCUCAGCCAGCAUUGAAGGUCUCAUGGGCCGUGCCAUCCCACCUGAGCGACACAGCCCCCACCAUCUCAAAGAGCAGCACCAUAUCCGAGGCUCCAUCACACAAGGGAUUCCACGGUCCUACGUGGAGGCCCAGGAAGACUACCUCCGCCGGGAGGCCAAGCUCCUGAAGCGCGAGGGCACGCCGCCCCCUCCGCCCCCACCCCCGCGAGACCUGGCUGAGGCCUACAAGGCCCGACCCCUGGAGGCCCUGGGGCCCCUGAAGCUGAAGCCGGCCCAUGAAGGGCUGGUGGCCACGGUGAAGGAGGCCGGUCGCUCCAUCCAUGAGAUCCCACGGGAGGAGUUGCGGCGCACGCCUGAGCUGCCCCUGGCCCCGAGGCCGCUCAAGGAGGGCUCCAUCACACAGGGCACCCCGCUCAAGUAUGACACUGGCACAUCCUCUGCCGGCUCCAAAAAGCAUGACGUGCGCUCCAUCAUCGGCAGCCCUGGCCGCACAUUCCCACCCGUGCACCCACUGGAUGUGAUGGCUGAUGCCCGGGCACUGGAGCGUGCCUGCUAUGAGGAGAGCCUGAAGAGCCGGCCGGGGGCGGCUGGCAGCUCAGGGGGCUCCAUCACCCGGGGGGCUCCAGUCAUCGUGCCCGAGCUGGGCAAGCCACGCCAGAGCCCCCUGACCUAUGAGGAGCACGGGGCACCCUUUGCUGGCCACCUGCCACGCGGCUCGCCUGUGACCACGCGGGAGCCCACCCCACGCCUACAGGAGGGCAGCCUCUCAUCUAGCAAGGCAUCGCAGGACCGGAAGUUGACGUCGACGCCCCGUGAGAUUGCCAAGUCCCCCCACAGCGCCGUUCCUGAGCACCAUCCCCACCCCAUCUCGCCCUAUGAGCACCUGCUUCGGGGUGUGAGUGGCGUGGACCUAUACCGCGGCCACAUCCCUCUGGCCUUCGAUCCCACCUCCAUACCCCGCGGAAUCCCUCUUGAUGCAGCCGCUGCCUAUUACCUGCCCCGACACUUGGCCCCCAACCCUACCUACCCGCACCUGUACCCACCGUACCUCAUCCGAGGCUACCCUGACACGGCAGCGCUGGAGAACCGUCAGACAAUCAUCAACGAUUACAUCACCUCACAGCAGAUGCACCACAAUGCGGCCACCGCCAUGGCCCAGCGAGCUGACAUGCUAAGGGGCCUCUCACCCCGCGAGUCCUCACUGGCUCUCAACUAUGCCGCCGGACCUCGAGGCAUCAUCGACCUGUCCCAAGUGCCACAUCUACCUGUGCUGGUUCCUCCGACACCAGGCACACCCGCCACCGCCAUGGACCGUCUCGCCUACCUCCCCACAGCACCCCAACACUUCAGCAGCCGACUUAGCAGCUCCCCACUUUCCCCAGGAGGUCCCACUCACUUGACAAAACCCUCUGCCACCUCCUCGUCUGAGAGGGAGCGGGAGCGAGAUCGAGAUCGGGAGCGUGAACGGGAGCGUGAGAAGUCCAUCCUCACAUCCACAACCACAGUGGAGCAUGCGCCCAUCUGGAGACCUGGUACAGAGCAGAGCAGCGGCAGCAGUGGCAGCGGGGGUGGGGGCAGCAGCAGCGGUGGCAGCCGCCCCGCCUCCCACUCCCACUCCCACCAGCACUCGCCCAUCUCACCCCGGACCCAGGACGCCAUCCAGCAGAGACCCAGCGUGCUACACAACACGGGCAUGAAGGGCAUCAUCACCUCCGUGGAGCCUAGCACACCCACGGUCCUGAGGUGGGCCAGGUCCACCUCCACCUCCUCGCCUGUCCGCCCGGCUGCCACAUUCCCACCCACCACCCACUGUCCACUGGGCAGCACCCUCGACGGGGUCUACCCCACCCUCAUGGAGCCCGUCUUGCCGCCCAAGGAGGCCCCAAGGGUUGCACGGCCCGAGCGGCCCCGGGCAGACGCUGGCCACGCCUUCCUUGCCAAGCCUCAGGCCCGCAUCGGGCUGGAGCCUGCCUCCCCCCCCAGCAAGGGCUCCGAGCCGCGGCCCCUGGCACCCCCCGGCUCCAGUCACUCGGCCAUCGCCCGCACCCCAGCAAAGAGCCUCGCACCCCACCACGCCGGCCCGGACCAGCCUGCGCCGCCCACCUCGGCCACGGACCUGCAUCGGGAAAAGACUCAAAGUAAACCCUUUUCCAUCCAGGAACUGGAGCUCCGUUCUCUGGGUUACCAUGGUGGCAGCUACAGCCCCGACGGAGUGGAGCCCAUAAGCCCUGUGAGUUCACCCAGCCUGACGCACGACAAGGGGCUCCCCAAGCAUCUCGAGGAGCUUGACAAGAGUCACCUGGAGGGGGACCUGCGGCACAAGCAGCCAGGCCCCGGGAAGCUCAGCGGUGAGGCUGCACACCUUUCACACCUACGGCCACUGCCUGAGAGCCAGUCCUCGUCCAGCCCGCUGCUCCAGACCACCCCAGGGGUCAAAGGUCACCAGAGGGUGGUCACCCUGGCACAGCACAUCAGUGAGGUCAUCACACAGGAUUACACGCGGCACCAUCCACAGCAGCUCAACGCGCCCCUCCCUGCCCCCCUCUACUCCUUCCCUGGAGCCAGCUGCCCGGUCCUGGACCUGCGCCGCCCACCCAGCGACCUCUACCUCCCACCCCCAGACCAUGGCGCCCCAGCUCGUGGCUCACCCCACAGUGAAGGGGGCAAAAGGUCUCCAGAGCCAAGCAAGACGUCAGCCCUGGGCAGCAGCGAGGAUGCUAUCGAACCCGUGUCCCCACCAGAGGGCUUGGCAGAGCCCGGGCAUCCCCGAAGCACCAUGUACCCGCUGCUGUACCGGGAUGGGGAGCAGGCCGAGACCAGCAGGAUGGGCUCCAAGUCCCCAGGCAACACCAGCCAGCCACCCGCCUUCUUCAGCAAACUGACUGAGAGCAACUCUGCCAUGGUCAAAUCUAAAAAACAGGAGAUCAACAAGAAGCUGAACACUCACAACCGGAAUGAGCCCGAGUACAAUAUCGGCCAGCCUGGGACGGAGAUCUUCAACAUGCCUGCCAUCACCGGAGCAGGCCUUAUGACCUGCAGAAGCCAGGCGGUGCAGGAGCAUGCCAGCACCAACAUGGGGCUGGAGGCCAUUAUUAGAAAGGCGCUCAUGGGUAAAUAUGAUCAGUGGGAGGAGCCCCCGCUCAGCGCCAAUGCUUUUAACCCUCUGAAUGCCAGUGCCAGCCUGCCCGCUGCUAUACCCAUAACCGCUGCUGACGGACGGAGCGAACACGCACUCACCUCGCCAGGUGGUGGUGGAAAGGCCAAAGUCUCUGGCAGACCCAGCAGCCGAAAAGCCAAGUCCCCAGCCCCGGGCCUGGCAUCUGGGGACCGGCCGCCCUCCGUGUCCUCGGUACACUCGGAGGGGGACUGCAACCGCCGGACCCCGCUCACCAACCGCGUGUGGGAGGACCGGCCUUCAUCGGCAGGUUCCACACCAUUUCCUUACAACCCCCUGAUCAUGCGGCUCCAGGCGGGUGUCAUGGCCUCCCCACCCCCACCUGGCCUCCCUGCAGGCAGCGGGCCCCUUGCCGGCCCCCACCAUGCCUGGGACGAGGAGCCCAAGCCGCUGCUCUGCUCUCAGUACGAGACGCUCUCCGACAGCGAGUGACUGUCAGAACGGGGUGGGGGGCGGCACCGGGACCCAGCGAGUGGCCAGAACAGCGGGGCAAGGAGUGGGGCAGCCGCCGACUUCCCCCACUGAGGAAGGAGCCCCUGAGUCUGCCUGCGCGCCCGUCCGUCCGUCCAGAGCUGGCAUCCUUGCCUGUCUAAAGCCUUAACUACGACUCCCGCCCCGGGCUGGUCCUGUGCAGUGACCUUACUCAGGGGAUGUUUACCUGGUGCUCGGGAGGGGAGGGGCCAGGGAGGGGGCGCGGUGGUGUGUGGUGGCCACACGCACGCAGCCGGGGCGGCCAGGGACCCAAAGCAGGAUGACCACGCACCUCCCACGCCACUGCCUCCCCCCUUAUCACAUUUGGAACCAAAGUCUAAACUGAGCUAGCAGCCCCCGCACCCUCCCUUGUCCCCAUUCCGCUUCUCGCUCUGGACAGACGGACACGGGCCCUGUUCAGCCCCCCACGCUCUUGUCCCGGGCUCCACGGACUGCCCCAGUCAACAAGACUGCCGGAAACCCAGUUGGGCCGGAUGGGCGGGCGAAAGGGUGCGGUCUGGGGCGAGCGGACGCUCCGAGGAACUGGACUAUCUCACACAGCGUCGCCGCAGCGGUGGGUGGGAAGGAAAGGCAGGUGUAAAUGAUGUAUUGGUUUACAGGGUAUAUUUUUGAUACCUUCAAUGAAUUAAUUCAGAUGUUUUACGCAAGGAAGGACUUUACCCAGUAUUAUUGCUGCUGUGCUUUCGAUCUCUGCUUAUCGUUCAAGAGGCGUGUGCAGGCCGCCAGGCAGUGAGCCCAUCGGCCACAGGCCUGGGGGGCGGGGCUGCGGCUCGUGAGCACCCUGCGCCCUCCCUCCUUCCCUUCCUUGGGCAGAAUAAACUUGAUGGGUAUUCUGUGACCGCCACCUGCGCACGGCGGUGGCGUUCUGUCAUUUACACACAUUGUUCUCAUUAAAAAGCGAAUUAUACUCAA